ACCCCUGAGUUGAACAAUGCCGACCAAAUCGAGCGGUAUCUCCACGAAGAUGACCUUCAUGCCUGGGGCUUUGUUAUUUACCGGUGUACCUACCAGAGCAACACAGCCUGGGACGAGUUUAUGUGUCGGCUACUCACCAAUACUAAGGACACGCUAGAAGAUGAGGGGGGCCUUGAUUUACUUAAUAAUUUAGCCCUGACUGUUAUUGAAGACCCUGGAAAGUUGGACGGGGCUACUACGGCUGUGAUUCGGCCCCAUUUUAAGCAGUGGGUGGUGACCCCGCAGUGCAACAAGAACAGAGUACUAGCCCAGGGCUGCUGUGGUCGCAACGAUACAAAUUACGCAGCAUGUCUUAGACUCUGUUCUCACCGGCGAGAAGGAGGGGGGUUUGUGCGCCUUAUUCGAAGAGACUGGGAGGAGUAUGACCCGUACGAUGAAGGGGAAAGGGUUGAGGAGGAGCAAGAGGCGAUUGAAAGGUUUACUUUGGAAGAUGUGGGGUGGAUAAAGGUCCCGUUCGAUGGUGUGAUAGUUGUUCCUUGGUAUUACUUACGUGGAGAGGGCUGGGAGACCGAGUAUCGUCGUCCGCCCAAGAUUGCGUGUUUCUAG